AUGUACAAAGAUGUUUUGUGUGAUUUCUGAAUUUAAACAUGAGAUCACUACUAACAUGAUAAUUCGCACUUUUGCGACGACUAUUGCUUUACAAAUAGUACUAAAUUUAGAAGUCAGUGAUUGCCAAUCCAUGGAAUCAAAUUCGCCGUUCAGAGCACCUGGGACAUUUUGUGGUCCUAAACUUACUGAACAACUGCACGACUUUUGCCAAUUUUUUUAUGGACCCGCGGAUGUUGUUCCAAUGGACCGGAAAAAUCGAAAAGUUAUCGCUGAUGAAUGUUGUCAAGUGCCGUGUAGUAUUCUAUACAUAAUCCUUAAUUAUUGCAAGGAGCCUAAAGAUGAAGCUAUAAGAAAAACAUUUGGAGAAGAAGAAAUGAAAAUCUAUGAGGAUACGAAAAGAAAUGUCGCUAAUGGCAGCCUAGACAUGUUAACUCUAAACAAAACGCUUGAGACUGUUAUUCCUCAAGCUAGCGAAGACCAACAUGAAAAUGUGCGAAAAAAGAAACAUGUUCGAAAAUUUCGAAAGAAAAAAAAGCCUUGUAAAUGCAGGAGGAAAAUUAAACAUUUGGCAAAGAAGAUACCACUUAAGCAAGUGCCAGACUUUCUGAUUGGAUUUGCCGACUACCAUGAAAAUGAACCUAUAAUAAUAGCCAAUUCAUUAUAGUGUUUGCUUCUCAUUAACUGCUCAAAAAUGUUCAUUUAGGAGCAGGAUUAGCAUCAGCUCGUUGCACGUGUUUGCACUUUAUAUACAAUGCAGCUCCACCGAUAGAUUAAGCCGAACAGUUCACUUUUAAAAGACUGCUUUGUAAGCUGCCAAGGAUUCUACUAGGCAAAGCUAAACUAGUUAGUAGGUAUUAAAUUCGUCAUUGCAGAAAUCAAUAAAAGACUGAACUUCUGAGGAGAACAUUGUGUUGAGAUAGAAGGACAAUUUAUUUUCGUUGGCUAGACCAAAUCGAAAUUUGCAACCAAUUUCUCAAACAGGAAUUAAGAAAAGGAGGUGAAAAAAUAGGCCCUGGACCUACAAAGAGUAAAAGAAGUAGGCUUCCUUAACCGACGUUUUGUUUUGAAUAUUUGUUUAAAUGGUAUUAAA